CCGCCGGCGCCCGGGGACGGGGCGGGCUUCCGGGGCUGCCGGCGACUGCUGAGAGCUGCUGUCAUGGCGGCCGCUCGGUGGGGCUUCUUCUCCGUCCUGCUGCUGCUGCUGCUAGCAGCGAAAGCCCAAAGCUCGGAGGUCGCCGGGGCCUCUGCCGAGGGGUCGGCAGGGGUUGGGGUCGGCAUAGGAGAUCGCUUCAAGAUUGAGGGGCGUGCUGUUGUUCCAGGAGUGAAGCCUCAGGACUGGAUCUCGGCGGCCCGAGUGCUGGUAGACGGAGAGGAGCACGUCGGCUUCCUUAAGACAGAUGGGAGUUUUGUGGUUCAUGAUAUACCCUCUGGAUCUUAUGUAGUGGAAGUUAUAUCUCCCGCUUACAGGUUUGAUCCCAUCCGAGUGGAUAUUACUUCAAAAGGAAAGAUGAGAGCAAGAUACGUGAAUUACAUCAAAACAUCAGAAGUGGUCAGACUGCCCUAUCCUCUCCAAAUGAAAUCUUCAGGUCCACCUUCUUACUUUAUUAAAAGGGAAUCAUGGGGCUGGACAGACUUUCUGAUGAACCCAAUGGUUAUGAUGAUGGUUCUUCCAUUGUUGAUAUUUGUACUUCUGCCCAAAGUGGUCAACACAAGUGAUCCUGACAUGAGACGGGAGAUGGAGCAGUCAAUGAAUAUGCUGAAUUCCAACCAUGAAUUGCCUGAUGUUUCUGAGUUCAUGACAAGACUCUUCUCUUCAAAAUCAUCUGGCAAGUCUAGCAGCGGCAGUAGUAAAACAGGCAAAAGUGGGGCUGGUAAAAGGAGGUAGUCGGGCAGUUCAGAGCUGGCAUUUGCACAAACACGGCAACACUGGGUGGCAUUCAAGUCUUGAGGGAAAACCGUGUGAAGCAACUACUGUAAACUUGAGUCAUCCUUAAAGUUGAUCUCUUAUAACUGUUGUGUGUGAUAGCUCUUCAGUACGUGUUUUGAACUUGGUACACAAGAAAACUCAGCUUUCAUCCUUGUGUGAGGUCAAUAUUGAUGUCACUGAAUUAAUUACAGUGUCUUAUAGUAAAUGACAUUAAUAAAUUAUAUGAAGUACUAUACAUUAUGUAUAUUAAAGUGUCUUAACCCAGAGAUAAAAUUAUCUUGUCAUUUUUUUUCCACUUAAUGUUUCUUUUACUCCUGGAAGUUUUCGUUUAUCUUUCAUUAUCUAAGGCCUGAAAUUGAUCCUUCCUGUUUAAAAAGAAGUGGUUGAUAUUUUUAGAGCAGCACGAACUAUGGUAUUUUAGCCAGAUCAUUCAAAAUUCUCAGCCCUGCCCUGCCAUUUAACAUACCCUAAUGAUUGAGGUACACAUUCCUGAUGUACUUUCAGUUUUUAUUAUUACAGUUAGUUUCAGAGUAUGGAUGUAUGAAUUACAAUAGUUAUCAAUUUUUAAAUUCUGCUUACCAUCUGUGCUAUUCAUUAUUGAGUAUCAGCCCUGUGCUGUGAUUCAAGGUGGGAUGCGGAAAUAAUGUCCAGUGUCUGCCCUCAAUAGAGCUGACCACGGAGAGAGGGAGCACAAAUAAUAAUAGGGAGUGAAUGGCCAGGGGAAGGAAGCGCAGCAGUAGGAGAGCCUUUUAGAGUCUGAGGAUAGAAAAUCACAUCAACCUUAGAGCUUCAUGUAAUAUUGGUGGUGUAGCACAGUAGCUUUUCAGUUCCGUCAUCUCUCCUAUGAUUGAUUUCCAGAGUUGUUGGAAUAUAAAUUACUACUUUCCACUCAGGGGUGUCUCAGAAACUUUUUAUUUAAAUAAGUUACAAAAAUUUCACACCUUUUCUUAUGGUUCGUUUUAAUUAAAGAGGAGCUCUGAGGCUAUAUAUUGCUUCUAGUAGAGGACUCCUCUCCUUCCCUGCGUUAAGGAACCCCCUAUUGAUUUUCUUCAGGUUAUUAAAUUAGCAAAAAACAGCAACAAAAAAGAUUGGUUCCAAACUCUUAUUUUCCCUUUUGUAAUAGGUGCCAUUAUUCAUUUUGAAAUGAGGUACGUAAGUUUUCUUUUAAAGAAAUAAAUUCCAAUGCAGGAUAUUUAUAUUUAUAUUUAUAUUUAUGAAGGAGGAACUAUAUCUCUGUUUGUAUUAUAACACUAAAGUUACCAAACUGGUACUUUAUGAAUGAUUCAGGUGGGAAACUGGUUAAUGUGAGAACUAGGUCUUUUAAAAUAGAGUAUUUUAUUGAAAAUAAAAUAUUAGAACACUAGUUAAGUGAAAGUUAUAAUUUAAAGGAGACAGUAUAGUAAGAGUCAUAGUUGUAUGACCAGAAAUUAUCCUGAAAAAUUUUUAAAUCUGGAUUGUCAAAAUUUGUAUAUGAAGUACCUAAUGAAAAGAAAUUAAAAAGCACUUCCAAGGAAAUUACCAUUUCAAGUGUUAAUUAAGAAACUACAUGUGGUUAUUUUACAUGAUUCUAACACCAUCUGAAUAUAAUAUAUAUAUGUAUCCCUUAUCAUAUUGUGGAAUGUUAUUACAUCACUUGCAUAUGAAAAUCUUAUCUUUGCAUAGAACCUUCAUCAAAUGCUUAGUGUGCUUACAGGUGCAGAAAUGAUUGUAUCAGAAAAUAGGGGUUUAGUGCAAAGAGCCCCUGCUAACUUGCUUUGUGACUUUGGACAAGUCACUUUCCCUCAUUGGACCAUGUCUUGUUCAUUGUAUUUCCAGCAUUGAGCAUGUAGACACACAAUAAAUGUUUGUUCAAUGAAUAAAUAAA